UCCCCCGGUCGCCGUGCUCUCAUUGUUCUCUUCAGCCUAUUGAACUGCCCGCAUCGCCCCCUAAAUCGAAGAAAGCGACAUCAACAGUACUGCGCACAAUGGCUCUCGUUGGCCGCCGCUUCUAUGCUCGGCUCUUCAUCAUCUACUUCCUCGACUGGCUGGUGAUUAUAGCGACCGUAGCGUUUGCCGCUUCAACGUCGAUAUGGGUGACGCCGAAUACGCGACCCUUCAGCGCUACCGACCUUUCGAUCUCCUUCCCUUUUCAAACCAAUUCCAAGGUUCCAAGCUGGCUGCUCGUCCUGUGGUCGAUCAUCAUCCCCGGUCUGGCGAUCGCCUUCCUCACCCUGGCGAUGCCAUCGAGCACGGAGUCGUAUAAGCGGUCCUUCCGCUCGGCUACCGGCUGGAAGCGCCGUCUAUAUUGCCUCAACACGGCGCUGCUCGGAUUGGGACUUUCAUAUGCCACCGCGCUGCUGAUCACGAACGGGCUCAAGAACCUUCUCGGUCGCCCAAGACCGGACCUGAUUAGCCGCUGCGACAUCGACACGGCUAGGAUCGAGGAUUUCACGAUCGGUCCAGGUAGCCUGUUGGACUGGAGGGUUUGCAAGAACCGUGCUGUUAGCGGUGUUUCGAACGCACUGAGCGAGAGCGAUGUGCGCGAUGGAUUCCGCAGUUUCCCCAGUGGCCACGCGAGCUUGUCGUUCGCCGGCUUGACCUACUUCGCCAUCUUCCUCGCCGAGUUCGUGUUUGCACUGCCGCUGCCACACCUUUCCAGGGUGACCGCGCCAAUCAGCGCCCCGCUUGUUGCCCCGGAAGCGACUUCAUCCGCCGAUUCCCAUACUGCGGCCGCGCCUCCUGCUGCUCUUCCGUCUCGACGUGAAGACCGCGAGACGCCUUUACCGCGGUUCCCCAUCAUGGCGGCGAUCUUGAUUGUCGGCAUCCCAAUAAUGAUCGCCAUGUACAUCGCGAGCACCCGAUACUCGGAUUACCGCCACCAUCCGUUCGACAUCUUUGGGGGCGCAGCGCUGGGAAUCGCAUCGGCGGUUUUGGGGUGGAGGUGGUAUGGCGCGUGGACUUGCGCUUCACAGGCCGAAGGAAGGGUCUACACGUUCAUGGACAAGGCGAAGGGCAACGACGAUAACGAGAAGUAUGAUGGCACGGUGAUGGCUGAGGAGGGAGGGGCUCCCAUGGGCAGGGCUGGCAGGGCGGUGUAAACCACAUACGACGAGAUUUAGUGCGCGUGUUUGCUGCUCAUCUCUCGAAGAUAUCACCGCGUGUUCUGUUUCCAAAACAUGUUCUGACCAGAAAAUCUUGAGCUGUGGAGCAGGUGUGGGGAGGGUUUUUUUUUAUAAUGUACUUCUUUUGAUGCAGGCAAAGCAUCCCUUCUGUUGCUAUGCUAUGGGCUCUUCCUCGACCGGUGUUGGAGGAGUUUGGGUGUCGUUCUUUAUUCCUUGCUGCUAUUUGAACUUUGAACUUUGAUUUGCUACAUGAAAGCUCCUACCUACCUACUCUA